UUUUUUUUUUUUUUUUUCUGUCUCAUGCAUAAUUCUGCACACAGUAUACACACUGACUGCGUUUAAUUUGCUGAGCUGUGUGCUUUUUAAUUAGGGUUACCUUUUGCUUUGAUUCUUCUGUUUUUCAUCACAUGGGCUUGUGUUUCUGUUGAUUAAAAACUUCUGUUUUUUGAACUUUUUUCUUCAAGUGUUCAUUUCCAGUUCUUGAUACUUGAUUCUUGAUUCUGUACGUUCUUUAAUUUAAAGAAUUGCCCCUUUUGGGUUUCUUGCAUUUUUGUUCUUUGCUUCCAUUUUCAGUAUUUCUAUCUUCUUUACAAGGGUUUUACUGUUAUAAAAAAAAAAAAGGGUUCUUGAUUUUCUAAUUCAUCUACAUUCUUUGUCUUGAUUUGAAGAAACCCAUGUGCCAAAAUUAGUGUAAUCAGUAAAAAAAAUUCAAUCUUGCUGCUUCCAAAAAUUCUUGAAAAGGAAAAAACUUCAAUCUUGAAGUGAAAAAAAAAAUAAAACAAAAAUGCAGCACACAAAAUCAGAAUCAGAUAUUACAAGUUUAGCCCCUUCAUCACCAUCAAGAUCUCCGAAAAGGCACCCGGUUUACUAUGUGCAGAGCCCAUCAAGAGAUUCACACGAUGGAGACAAGUCUUCAUCCAUGCAUGCAACCCCCAAUUUCCACAGCCCAAUGGAGUCCCCUUCCCACCCUUCCUUCGGCCGCCACUCCAGAAACUCCUCCGCCAGCAGAUUCUCCGGUAUAUUCCGGUCCUCCUCCGGUCGUAAAGGCGGUGGCGGUGGCCGGAAGAGAAACGACAAGGGCUGGCCCGAGUGUGAUGUGAUUGUGGAGGAAGGGAAUUACGACGAACUCGAAAACGAGAAGACUUUCACGCGCCGGUGCCAGGCUUUGAUGGCGCUUUGCGGGUUUAUCGUGCUUUUUACGGUGUUUUGUUUGAUUAUCUGGGGUGCCGGCAGGCCGUACAAGCCGGAUGUUGCUGUUAAGAGCUUGACGGUCAACAAUGUGUACAUAAGUUCCGGCACAGACUUCACUGGAGUUCCAAUGAAAACCCUCAAUGUGAACGGAUCACUGAGAAUCAACGUAUACAAUCCCGCUACAUUUUACGGGAUCCACGUCAGCGCGACACCUGUCAACCUCGUAUACUCAGAAGUCAUAGUUGCAACAGGAGAGCUGAAGAAAUAUUACCAGCAAAGGAAAAGUCACAAGAACGUGCUGGUACACAUAGAAGGAACGAAGGUUCCAUUAUAUGGGGCAGGAUCGAACUUGGUAAUUACGGACAAUGCUGUUUUUAAGUUACCGUUGAGAUUGGAGUUUGAGCUGAUUUCGCAAGGAGAUGUUGUGGGGAAAUUGGUUAGGACAAAGCAUCGGAGAAGGGUUUCUUGUCCUGUGGUUAUCGACUCCACGAGCAGCAAGCCCAUCGUACUGAACAAGGAUUCGUGCAAUUCAACGAAGCCCGAGUUAACUCCGUGAACUUGUAAAUGUAGUAGUUCCUGUUUAUUUGCGGAACGGAACCACGUGUGAAACUACUUGUCGAAAAUCAUAUAUAUAGAGUUGGAGAGAGGUAUUAACAAGACUGAAAAACAUGUAAAAAAUGUGAAGAGUGUGUUAAUCAUUCUCUCUUGUAGUUGAUUUUUUUUUUUUUGUUUGGAAUUGAUUUUAUUAUUUGGUUCUUGUUUUUCAGUGUAAUGGUUUGGUAAUAAGAACUUGGGAGAAAAAUAUGUGAUCAUUGUUUCCAUAUCCU